GAUAAACCCUAAGUCGACGAUUUAUCAAGUCAUAAUAAUAAGCUAUGGUAAAUUUCCUUACAUGUCUCUCUAUCUCUGUUUUGUUUUGAGCUAAUGACAGAGGAGAAAGAAGAAAGAAACAUGGAGAAGAAGAAAAAGAAGAAGCAGAAGCACAAAAACCUAAGAGAAGAAACAACAAAUGAAAAGCUUGAUAAAGAGAAAACAGAAGAACAAGUAACUGAGAAAACAGAACAAGCAGUAACUAAUAACAGCAACAACAAGAAUAAGAGGAAAAGGAAGGAAGUAUUUCCUUUCGGAAAUUACAGAAGCUACUACGGUUAUCGUAUUGGGCAAGGUAUGGAAGAAGAUCCACGGUUUCAGGUUUUUAAGAGGGAAUGGUUUGAAGGAAAGGAUUGCCUUGACAUUGGCUGCAAUAGCGGCAUUAUCACUAUUCACAUUGCAAAAAGAUUUCAUUGCCGCAAAAUACUUGGAAUCGACAUUGACUCUGAUCGGAUUGCAGAUGCAUAUUGGCACUUACGAAAGUUUGCGAGAGCAGGAGGUGCUGGAAAGAGUAGUCCCAAGGCUUCCAAAAUGGAGGUCACAGAGAAAAUAAAUGGUUCAGAGCACUGUGCAACUCUGUCCUCAGUUGAGAGAAAAGAUAUUGCAAAUGGUGUGCAUUCUGAGGACAGAGACCUAUUUAGUAUAGUUUCCUUCAAGAAAGAGAAUUUCAUUCAGAGUUGGUGUCGGCCGGAGGAACAGUAUGAUACAAUUCUCUGUUUGAGCGUGACAAAGUGGAUUCAUUUGAACUGGGGAGAUGAUGGACUAAUUACUUUAUUCUCAAAAAUAUGGAGACUUCUCCGUCCGGGUGGCAUUCUUGUGCUGGAACCUCAACCCUGGCGGUCAUAUGAAAAUAAUCAUCUUGUUUCUGAGACAAUAUCAAUGAAUUAUCGAACCAUCAUGUUCCGUCCAAAUUGUUUUAAUGAAAUUCUCCUAGAUAAGAUUGGAUUUAGGAAAGUGGAGGACAUCUCUUCAGCCUUAUCAGGCAGCAAAGCUGGAUUUAAUAGACCCAUUUUUGCAUAUCACAAGUGACUGCAUUCAAGAGGUCUUCUUUCUUCAUGGAUAUUGCGGAUGCAGUAAAUCUUGGGAGUUGCUGCAAAUAAGCAUAUGAACUCAAAUAACCACAAGGGAAGGUCCAGACAUCUUAAAUUAACUAUGGGGAACAAUCAAUGACGCCAGCUUUCCUGGGCAAAACACGCACGCGUCCAAAGUUAUAUAACUUGUGGGGAUCAUCUAUGUUGAUAUUGUACAUAUGAAGUUUGGCUUAAUGAAUUUUCCUGAGGCUGAAUUUUUGCA